CAACAACUUGCGAUGUUAAACUGGAAAUCUUCCGAUUCAUACGCUUCUACUGUUGAAAAAGUCGGAGCUCCGUGUUCCGAUUAGUUACCAUUCAUUUGGCGGCGAAACCAACUGCAAAACGCUACUCUUCUUCUCUCUCAUUCUGAUGAACUAAGACGAUGAUAUACUGUAAUCCAUAAGCCAUGACGACGAAGACGCCGUCAAGGUCGCUGAUUCUUCGGGCCGCCCCGUUCUUCGCCUCCCGGAUCCGCCAAAACUACAGGAUUCUUAGUUCUACAACUUUUUCAUCCUCUGCUCUACCGGAGCAGCAGCCGGAAUUCACACCCCGGAAUGAUUCCGUUUUCAUGACUGAGAAUUGCGUCCGGAGAAUGAAGGAGCUGCAAGUCAGUGAACCCAAGGAAAAGAUGCUUCGCUUAAGCAUUGAAGCUGGUGGCUGCUCUGGGUUUCAGUAUGAAUUCUCUCUAGAUGACAAGGCCAAUGUAGAUGAUAGAAUUUUUGAGCAGGAUGGAGUUAAAUUGGUGGUUGAUAAUAUUUCAUUUGAUUUUGUCAAAGGUGCAACUGUUGAUUAUGUAGAGGAGCUGAUCCGUUCUGCUUUUCAGGUAUCUACAAAUCCAAGUGCAGUGGGUGGGUGUAGCUGCAAGAGUUCCUUUAUGGUGAAACAGUAAUAUGUCACAGACAAAGUGCUCGUCAGCAUCCGUUUCAUAGAUUGCCUGUUGUCUAUUGGUAUAAAAAUUCAUCGGAGGUUAGUUUGUUGUAUACUCGUAUACUGUAUGAACUGCAUUGAGACCACAAACAUGGAUAAAAAAGAGGCUCGAGAAAAAGAAUUCCAUUUUUUUUUUCAUUUUGAUGUUGAUUAUAAAUGAUAAAAGUAGGAAUUC